AAUAGUAAUAGGGAGAGGAUAGGCGCUAUCCAAGGAAGCGCGCUCAAUGCCAAUGGUGUCUUACUUUCAUGUAUAGUAUCGAGAUUGUCCUUGUAAGCAAGUCUCCCUGGGAGCACUGACUUGAGGCCCCAUGUUUUGCAACACGGCGGACGGAUCUUCUGCACAUUUCCGCAGCGACACUGUUAGUCGUGAGAGCUGGCUAGCUCAAGAGAAGCUGGCGGAGCUUUAACUUUUGCCUUUUCCUUUGCUAGCUCUUCCUUGGUACAGUGGCACGGCGCUUUUGCCCACAUGAUUGCUUAGCAUAGCUCGCUCCUCGUCUAUACUUGGAUGUACAUGGGUUAUGACAAAAUAAUCUUGAGUGGGAAUCUGGAGCUCUACAAGCAGCUCGAGAAAGUCAGAGAUCGAAGCUAGGUCUACUGUGGGAGCUAGCAAUCUGCUCAGGACUUUGAGCUGAAUGAGACGAUGGCCAGCCCCAGCCAAAUGCUGGGAUACAUAACCAGAGACGGGGCCCCAGCCAAUCUUGCUCGCUUGAGACCCUGCCCUUACCCCUGCGAUCCAGACGCAAAACCUGCGGCAGUCCGGCACGAGGGGGGACCCCUGCAACCGUUGCACCAGAACGAGAAGUCCUUGGGGGCACCUAACAAGGUUGCCAGGAAGCCUGCUCUGCCCCCCUUCUGGAACGCUGAGCUGUAUGGGGAGGCGUUUGGCGACUUUCAGGGGGGAAGGAAGAAGGAUGAGGUUUUGGCGGGGGGGGCAAAGAGAGUGGGGGAGAGAGCUAGGGAGAAGAGGAUCUCAAGCACGAUGGGGAGGAGGCUGGAAAAGCUGACGGAUGCAAUGCUGGCGGCGCUUCAGAAGAGGAAGGAUCUGCAUGGGGGGGAAAAGGGUGUCUUGCUGAACGCAUUUCAUUCCAUCGACGCUGCAAAAUUGGGAACGGUGUCCCCGGGGGGGUUCAUCAAAACGUGGAGCCUGCUCGGCGUUGCGGUUACGAGCGACGAGGCCAUGGGGCUCUUUCUGAAGUAUGGGCAUGACAAGCAGGGGCGGAUGCCUUAUGAGGUCUUUACCAGCGCUCUACUCGCGGGGCGUGCCAAGCUGGUUGGCAUGGCCAGGCAGGUGAGAGGCCCGUUCCGCCCCAGUCAACUCCGGCGGAUCGACUUCAGCGGAAAGAUCAGCUACCCCCAGUGCCGAAAGGCGGUGUAUGCGCCGAGCGGGUUUGACGCCAGCCUGGCGGUGCGUUCCGCGGAGCUCCCGAAGGCCUCGCUCUGGCUCGAGUUUGUCUACGGUUACAAUGGCAUUACUACUACGUCCAAUAAUCUGUUCUACACCGCUACCGGAGAGGCCGUCUACUUCAUGGCAGGGGUGGGCAUCGUGUACGACCCCGCCGCGCACGCGCAGCGCUUCUUCCUGGGCCACAACGAUGACGUCACCUGCGCGGCGAUGCACCCGGACGGGAAGCUCGUGGCCACCGGACAGGUUGGCCGAGAGCCGUACACGUGCAUUUGGGACACGACGACCUGCCGAGAGGUGGCCCGACUGCCGGAAGAGCGCGGCUCUCGGGGCCUGGUCGCCGUCGGGUUCUCCCCCGACGGUCAGAAGCUGGUGACGGUAUGCACCGACAACCAGCACACGGUCAAAGUAUGGGACUGGCGGGCGGGGCAAGUGGUUAGCGAAGGGAAGGGUCACAACGGGACGCCGCCGCAGGUUUUUGGCGUCACCUGGAAUCCGAACCCUGGCUGCGACGAGUUCCUUACUUUCGGCGUAGCCCACGUCAAACUGUGGAGAGCCACCAAGAAGGACGGCUACAAGCCACGUGCCCUGUCGUUCAAUAAGAUCUGCUCCCCCUUUACCGUGCACUGCGCGGUCUUCCUUCCCAGCGGAACCAUUCUCGCCGGAACGAACAUCGGCAGCAUUGCCGUCUUCAAAGACGGCAAACUCCGGCAGGUCGUCCCGGCGCACAAGGACCUGGGCGCGCGCGCGGUGGCCGGGGUGCUCUCCACACGGGGCCUGCGCUGCCUCUGCUUAUCCGGGGAUAAGCGGACGGCCAUAAGCGGCGGGGCGGAUGGCAGGCUUCUGUUCUGGGACGUUUCCAGUGGUACGCUCGGCGAUCUCCUCCGGGCGGUCCCUCUAGAGAGCCCAUAUGGCGCCGGAAAAGACGCCCCGCCCAAGAUACGGGGACUGGACUGGCGCCCCGGGGAGAAGCCCGGGGAGGGCUCCAUCGUCGUUGGCACCAGCCGAGGCGAUCUGUGGCAGAUGGAAGAAGCGUCCGGCUCCGCGCGCGUGCUCAUAUUCGGACACUCUGCGGACCUGUACGGGCUGGCAUUCAAUCCGGUGAAAGCCCACGUGUUCGCAACUGCGGCGGAACACGACCGGAUCUUCGUCUGGGACGGACGCCGGCGGCGGCUGCUCCGGACAACUAGCAUGGGGACAGAGGUCGCUCGCGCGAUUGCGUGGUCCAGCAACGGGCUGCAUCUGGCGGUCGGAAUGGCUGGGGGCGGGGUGAAGGUCUUGGAUGCGGCGAACCUGCAGCCGCUCUACUGGAAGAAAGACAGGGACGCCGCGAUCCAAGAAAUCAAGUACUCCCCGGACAGCGCGCUGCUGGCGGUGGGCGCCCACGACUGCCACAUCGACAUAUACAGUGUCGCCCAAAACUACAAGCGAAUCGCCCGGUGCGUCGGCCACUCGGCGACCGUGCGACACUUGGACUGGUGUGUCGACUCCGCCCUGCUCCAGUCCAACUGCAGCGGCUACGAGAUCUUGUACUGGGACGCCCGCUCAGGAAAGCAGGUUCGACAGAAUACACGUGACGUCAAGUGGGCCACGUGGACGUGCGUGCUGGGAUUUCCGGUAAUGGGCAUCUGGGAGAAGGGCUCCGACGGAACGGACAUCAACGCAGCGAGCAGGUCGCGGACCGGCGACUUCGUGGUGACGUCCGACGACUUCGGGCACGUGCGCCUCCUCAACUGCCCAUCGCUUCUCGAGCACGCCCCCGCGCGGCAGUACGCCGGGCACUCCUCCCACGUCAUGUGCGUCCGUUUCUCGCCGGACAACAAACGGGUGGUCUCGGUCGGGGGAAAGGACCGGGCAGUGUUCCAGUGGAGAACACACGCGUUGGUAAGCCCGGAGGAAGGAAACGCAGGGAAUGAUGAGAAUGAUAGGCCGCGGUUAAAGUGCGAGAUUGAGAAUUGUAGGGUGUGCGGGAGGGGGUCGAAUGCGACGGGGCCGAUCGUGCCCCGGGCGCCGUGGGACGGAGGGGAACUUGGCCGGGGAACGUGACGGAUUCCGAUGGAAUGUGACGGAAAAUGACGGACUGCGGACGUCGACAGCCAAAGCAAAAAGGAUUGACUUAGUUUACGAGUGGUAGCUUGGGAAAUAGACAUCGACCCCCCUAUAUCCAAGCGGGAUCGGAGGGCAGUUAGAAGAGAGGUCUCAAAGAACCGCCCCUCACUUGAGCCUAGGAAGAAACACUAAUUAUCUCUCCAAAUUUCAGGGAAGGGGCCAGAUCAGCACAUACUGAGUGGUUGCUUAACUAACUAAGCUGUCAACUGUGAUUGCUCCAGCUUAAUCAGCUGCGCUGCCAGUUGUUGAUGCUUCAGUGGUCUUGCAGUACACAAGUAAAGUAAGUAGUUCUUC